AUGAGAAGUGUCAGAAUGUACGAAUCUGGAGGCACCGGUCCUGUAUCCCGUACGGUUGCCAAAAAUGAGUUGCGGGCAGCUCAAACCACCACCAUGUCGACCUCUCAUCAUCGACCUUUACUUCCUCGUAACAUUGGUACCACCCUUAUCCAAUCGCCGCCUCCACGACAUCAACCGUCCGAGAACGAAGAUGUACCCCCAUUGGAGUACGCUGAGUGCGAACCUAUAAACCUCACCGUAUGGUUCCAUGAACUCCGUACCUCAGAAGAAGACGUGUUAGUGGACCUAUCGUUCCUUCCGGGUGCUCGCAUUGGCGACUUGUAUGAGUUGGAAUACGUGCCGAAGCACUCUGGGUCGUCUAUACGGAAGCUUGUGUUUAAAAUUACACCCAACAGUGUUGUAUCCAACUCGCGGUUCCAGAUAUCGUUGCUUUCCACGCCGCUUCAGAAGGCGUUGGACAUUUCGGCUAGAAGUACUGUCCGAGUUACGAAGAUCGCCGAACAGGAGUCAAUAGUUUUAGACUCCAUUGAGAUCAUCAUUAAAGACAUCAACUUGUCCCGAGAUGCUAUGUGGAAUUUCUCUAGUAAGUUGAUAGGUACCUGUUGCUAUUUGGAGAAGAGAUUAACGUUCUUAACCAAUCGGUCCGGGCUAGCGAAGUACCUUUUCAAGAACGGGAAACGGGUGUUCUCGGGCUAUAUACUGGAGGAUACUAAGAUUGUGUUCCGCAGUGAGAGUGCCAAAGUGUUUAUGAUGAUUCAGCUCUCGGAGGAAAUGUGGAAUUUUGAAGAAACAGGAGAAAUCAUCUUCCAUAAGCUUGUUAAUAGUUUGUUCCCGAGGAUUUUCAAGCUUUGGAGGGAUAAAAACACCCACCAUUCGAUUUCAAUCAUCUUAUUCACCAGCAUAGACUUGACUCAUAUCCCGUUGUUAAGCUUUGGAAUGGGGGAGAGACCCAAAGAUCGCCGAGACUUCUUCAGAGUGGUGGUGGACCAAGUCAGUACGUUCCAUUGGGAUAAAAUCAUGCAUAACUUACGGCUAGAGUUUGCCAACUUCAAACGAGACGUUAUGAUGGCACGGAAGGCCAAUAAGUAUGAAAUAGAGGGCAGUCUAUUGCCAGCAUCAAAGGGGAAUAUAUUGGAGGCUGUGAACCUUGCAUUAUCCACUGUUGUUGAUCGGUUUAGAACCACGGAUUUGAAGCAUUCUUUAAACCAUUUUGUUGUCAUUAGUCCUGGUACUGGGAUAUUUGAUGUUGACUAUGACUUGUUCAAAGAUACUUCAAAACGUCUCCAGAACUGUGAUUCUACCCUUGACUUUGUCUGUUUAAGUCAACCUCCAUUGCACACAGUCCCUUUGUUCCGGUACAAGCAGAAUGGGUCUGUGAAGUACGCUGUUCCCAAUUGGUGUGACAUUUCGUACUAUAAAAGACUGAAGAAAACGUCUCAAUGGAUCCCCAGAUGUAAGAUCUACGAGUUGCAGAUGAUGGGCAUUAUGGAGAUCGACAAGAACCAGAUCCAAAUCGAUCGGUUCAGACUCCCAGCCAAUGCCAAGUCAGUCGAAGACGUAAUGGAGAAAUAUGAUAAGGAUAUAUUCCGAAGUUCAUUUGAUUCCAAACGACUUAAAAGAAGGGAGUCGAAGCUUAGUCAAAAUGGUGGUGGAAGACGGUUUAUUGAUCCUGAUUUACUGCUACCAAAUAAUCGUACUAGCAGUCUGUCUCAGAUUCCUUCGACAUCAUUAUUGUUUAUUGGCAAGGCCAAUACUAAGCUGGGAGUUACAGACGUUAAACCGGCUGUUGCUGUUCUAGAAACUGUUUCCAAUAAUGCUUCAGUCUUGGGUACUGUUACCAAGAAAUCGGUUUUAGAAGCCUCUGCACUUUCGUCCUUAUAUCUGCUCAAUAAGAACAUUGAAGAUAAGACUUUAGUGUCGAAGAAAGAUAAUUUUUUGGCUGAAAUACUUGCACCAGUGAUGUCUACAAUCUCCGAACAGUCAAGAGGAGAAGGUACUGCUACUGCUGCUACUACUGCGGCUGUUACGCUCACUCCCCGUCAAUCGAUGAAGGACGCAAGGCCCAAAUCACUCUCUUCCAAGCCUAAAAGAGACGAACGAGUUAGAGUUCGGAAAGCCAGAAUGGCCAAACGGAAGUUACAACGGAAAUUGGACCAAGCCGACCCAACAGCUAAACUCUGGGACGUUUUAGAUAACCCUUCACGGUCAAUUGAAACUGGGUUGGUGUCAACUAUUGCAUCAAGUAAAUGGGGAGAUGCUUUACCUCCGAAUACAAAGAGAAAGCUAGUGAAAUGGAGAUCUUUCCAAUCUCCAGCGGCAUUACCAGUGACUACAAGCUUGUUCCCAGCUUUGGAGCAGUUGGAUAACGAUUACAUGGUUCAAAACUAUUCUGUGAUGUUGAACAGUGAAAACUAUCUUGAAUUGACGUCUUCCGUCGAUUUAUUCCGGGAAAUGAUUCAACUAAGGAUCUUAUUAGGGUUCCAGAUCUGCUAUGGGAAAGCAGUGGAGACAUUGGAAAGUGAAAAGUAUGCUUCGGGUAAUAAGGUUGAUAAUUUGAUGAAGUAUUUCCCUGAAAACCGGGAAAAGGUUUAUGGGGGGAAGAUUUAUAUGCUUCUUGACGACGAAAUCCAUAGACUUUAUUGUGAUUAUGAAGGACUGAUCUCCAUUCAAUUAUACAGACGAGUUCCCAAGAAAGAAGCUAAGGAAAUCACUUUAGGAAAGAAACAAUUUAGAGGUAAUUAUCCUCAUUUGAUCCGAACUCGGUAUGUGGAUGAAUAUUUACCGCAGAAUCUUGAUUUCAGUCAUCUUCAGUUUAAAAAGUAUAAUUGGAAUCAAUUUGAUCAGUAUUUAGCGGGAUAUGAAGACUCCAUGUCUGACGAGAACAAGAGCUUCCACCACAUGAAGUUUGUGGUGAUGCCCGCGGAAAUCCCAAAGAAUGCCUAUUUCAUUAACAAUGAGAAGCUUACGGAUGAGGAGAUCCGAGUGGAGGGACUUCGGAAGUUGAUUGGAGCCAUUGAAAAGGGGAAAUAUUCCAGAUCUUCAUCAUCCAAGAGAAAGAAGAAGGAGGAAAUAUACCCUGAAAUUGAGUUCUAUACGGGCAAUUUAUACGAAUACUUACUGGAACAAACCAAAGUCUCACAGCUGAGUGGGCUUCGAACGGCCCUUAUGAUGAACGAGAAGGUCCGUUUUUCUAAGAGCAUCAAGCUUUCCAUUUUGGCUCAAGAACUUCAAGAUACAGAGGGGGGGUUGACCUUAGUGGAUAGGACCUGGCACUUUAAAACACAUUUGCAUUGUUUCUUAGGCAGUGAGUUUGUCUCUUGGUUGAUAGAGAACUUUGAAGACAUUGAUAACAGAGACGAAGCUGCCCAAUACGGUCAAUCAUUGAUGAAGAAAGGACUCUUCAAGCAUGUGGACAACAGACACGGGUUAUUGGAUGGCUAUUACUUUUACGAAUUUGAGGAAGAGUAUUUUGACAAGAAGAGAUACGAACAGCUGAAGGCUCUCAGUAGAUCCGCUUUAUGGUUUCAGUCUCUACGGAAACAAGAUGGAGGAGGAUCCAAACCCGACUCUAAGGCAGGCUCUUUGAUUGAAACUACAUCUGAUUUGGACACAGACGGCGACUCAAAGAAACCGGCAAUUGCAAAGUUCACUAUUAGUAGGAAGAUCAAAUACGACAUGGACCCUUUAAAGAAGUCGUUCCGACCAGAAGUGGUCACCAUCCACUACGACCGAGUCCAUAACACUGAGCACUGUUACCAUGUCAGAUUGGAAUGGCUCAACACGAAUAAGAAGUUCAUUGAUGAUGCCAUCAACGGGUGGUCUCGGUUGUGUGAACGACACGGCUUGAAAUUGGUCGAGACUCCGUGGAAGGAAUUGUGCACCAUUUCCCAAUACAACCCUUUUCAUUCGUUUGUGGAGAUUUAUCUUUCAUUGGACCCCUGGAAGGACGCUGAGUUUCUGGACUCAAAGUUCUUAGUGGAGAACAGAUUUUUCUACCACUUGUACUUGUUGAAACAGUGCAACUUCUUAUUGGACAAUCGAGCAGCCGUGUUCUUCCAACGAGACGACAUUAAAAUUGAGUACAGUUGGGGUCAGCCUACGUUCAAAUAUGCUCAAUUCAUUCACAAGUCCGGGAGUUAUAUAGUGGAGCUCCGUCACGACGGGUCCUUCUUCCUUGCUCCCAAUAACUUACAUUUGGUCCGGUUAAGAUCAGGUUCUAGUGGGAUCAAUGACAUUGACAAGAGCAUGUUUGUUGAUUCUCAACGGAUCAUGCUUCUCUUCAGAGCUUCGUGUCGAAACGAUGAUUAUCUCCGUAAUCUUUUCAGACAAGCAAAGGUCCUGUGGCAGAAGGAAUAUGACGACAUCAUUCCAAACUAA